AUGUGGGAAAGUUGGGAGCUUUUUCCUGAAGAAGCCAUUGAAGUCCUCCAGAAGAUGUCUUUAAUAAAGAUUAAAGAAGACAACUGUAUUUGGAUGCGUGAUCAACUAAGAGACCUUGGACAUGAAAUCAUUCAUCAAGAGUGUGCUAUGAGAUCAGAGAAGCAAAGCAGAGUAUGGAAUCAUGAUGAUGUGUUUGAUCUUCUUAUGAGGACAAAGGGAUUAGAAAAUGUUGAAGCAAUUUGUCUCAAGUUUGAAAGUAAUUGUGAAUACAACAUUACAUAUGAAGUAUUUGCCAGUCUAUCAAACCUAAGGUUCUUGCAAGUGGAUCGCAUGGCAAAGAACUUAAAGGUUCUAAAUCUGACUGGAUGCAGAAAGUUAAAUAGAACGCCUGACUUCUCAUCUCAUGUAUUUUCAGAGAGAUUAAUUCUUGAAAGAUGUCGGAAGUUGGUCCAUAUUGAUAGAUCUAUUGGUCAGCUAAAGGAGUUAGUUUUCUUAAACUUAAAGUUCUGCACUAAACUCAGCAAGCUGCCAGAUGAGCUUGCUAAACUAGAAGCUUUAACAGAAAUUCUUGUGGAUGGCACAUCAAUAAAAGAAAUUCCCGAAUGGAAAGUAAUGAAGAAACUGGAAAUUCUUAGUGCUCGUAAUUGUAAAUAUUUGACUGAUUGUAGUUCAGUUGGCUGCUUAGCAUCAUUAUUGAAGCUUUCGUUUGUAGAAACUAAGAUUACUCAACUUUCAGAGUCCAUUGGGAACUUGCAAUCACUGGUUGAGUUGGAUCUAUCCCACUCACAGGUUCAAAUGCUACCUUCUUCGUUAGGAAAUAUGAAGAAUUUGAAAGUACUGAGAAUACGCUGCAGUACCUUGAGAAAACUACCCAGUGCCAUAGGACUAUUGGAUAAGCUUGAAGAGUUAGAUGCUGACUGCCGUGGAUGUUUGGAAUGGGAAAUGCCGAGCAAUAUCGGGAGAUUAAAAUUUCUAAGAGUCUUGAGACUGACAUACACUCGAGUUUCAGGAUUGCCCAAGCUUCCUGAAAGUCUGACCAGUCUUUACUUUGGCACUUGGUCAAUGAAGACAUUCCCAGAUCUCUCAAACCUAUCGAACUUAAGAGAUUUGAGUUUGGUUUUGUGGAGUUCAAGGAUGGACCAUUCUGAACUUGAGAAAACUUCUGGUCCUUGGUGGAUCGGAAGUUUACACAAACUAGAGUCUAUAUGGCCGGAAUCUCCUUACCUGACCACCCUAUCUUCAGACCUUGUCCUCCUUUCUGAACUCAAGGAACUUGAGCUCAGGUGUGAGUACAUGAAAUACCUUCCGAGGAUUCCCGCAAGUUUGUCGAGCUUAGUUAUAAAAGGUUGUUGGGAAAUGAAGACAUUGAUAGACCUUUCAAACUUGAGGGCACUAGCGGAUUUGGAAGUUACAUGUUGUGAAAUAACAGAGAUUCAAGGUCUUGAAGGCUUGGAGAAGCUGAGAUCAUUGAAGUUCUUUAGAGUUACAUCACUGGAAAAAUUGCCCGACCUCACUACCUUAAACAACCUCACGAAACUUAAACUGUAUAAUUGUCCUAAACUGGUUGAGAUUCAAGGCAGACUAGAAUCAUUGGAGAUGCUUCAUAUUGAGUUCUGCAGAGAUCUGGAAAAGCUACCGGCUCCAUCAAGCUUCAAGAAGCUAAAAUAUUUGAGGAUACAUGAGUGUGAGAAGGUAAAAGAUUUGCUGGGAUCUAAUGAUUGGAGGACUUUGAAGGAAGUCACUAAGUCUGAGCCAGAGAAGUAA